AUGACUGGAAAUAGUGUUGAUGUUGAUCUAAAUUAUCACCCUGGAAAAACAGGCCAAGUUUCCGUAAUAAGUCAGGGUAGAAGAUACUCUUACAAGAUAGCAAGUGUAACUGUUACAAUAAAUGUGACUGAAUAUUUAUCCGAUAUAACCACAUACAAAAAACUCACUUACACAUCAGAUAAACCAAAGAUUCAAUCUAUAAAAAAUAACAGUCAGGAUACAAACAUGCCGAUAUCCGAUAGAUCAACCUUCGACGUUUAUUACUGGAUAGGCGAUUCAGAUUAUAAAACUCCUCUCAUUGUGAAACUUGAAAAGGAUAAUUGCUAUGAGUAUGAUAGUAGAACAUCUCAAUGGAAGAAAGAUGUUGUUGCAAGUGUGAACCUCGGAAAGGGACUGGACAUUCAGAACUGUACAUGGAAUAAAGCCCACCAACUUGACAUUUCACAAACUAGCGGUACAUAUAACUGCACUUCUCCUGCAUGUGACAAAAAAUUCACCAUAAAGCCUGACGAGACAAAUAAAACUACACAUCAGUACAUAAAAUACACCUUUACUCCUCAGACCCCUGAAAAUCCCAGCUUCCUAUACUUUACUGAUAAAUACAGUGAACAAACUGGAUUUUCGUAUCCAAGGAAUGUAAAAUAUGUAAACACAUACUGGAAAACUAGUUCACCUGGACCUCUCAUUCACUAUAAAUCCCAGGAAAAAAAUAUUUGGUACAAGAAGGCCACUGAUGCAAAUAAAUGGGAAGAAAUAUCUGGAUUUGGUAUUGACGAGCUCUCUGAAGAUAAUGCAGUAGUUAUAAAGAGGCUGAUAUAUGACAAUUACCUUCCAACAAUCAAAAUUGAUGUUUCACAAACAAAUACUCCACAACCUACAUAUACUGACAGAAGUUCGAACGAAACGAUCAACGUUACUAAACCUGGAGAUGAUCUAAAAGACUAUGACCAAUUUACCCACAAGCCAAAGGAUAAUAUAUACUUCAAACUUGGAGAAGUUAAACAUGGUGACAAUACCACUUUGCAAGGUAUAGAAACCCAAGGUGUAUUCGCUUCCGUCACAGCAUAUUACUGGAAUAGCGACAAGAAUCAUAAGACGCCUCUACUUAUUGAGUUGGUAACUGCUGAAAAUACCUCAAAAUAUACCUAUUAUAAUAAAAAAACUAAGAACUCAAAGGAAUGGACAAAGCUUUUUAGAAGUGAUGGUAGAACGACAGAAAUUGGAGAUAAUGAUUUGAAACCCAUUCUAGAUGAGCUAAAGAAUGUACAAUUUCACGAGUCAUCGAAUACAGGUGUUCUAGCUGGAACCUCUGUUGGAACUGGACUAGGCGGAGCAGGACUGGGUGCUCUUUCCGUAUGGAAGGGCCCUGCUCUAAUUGCACGACUAAUUGCUCGUCUGUAA